AAAAAACCCCUCGGUCCGCAAACUGAUCAAAUUGAUCGGAGAUUAGUAGCUCGUUCAGAAGAUCUUUCUUCACCAAAUCUGUUCCGUUAGCAUUUUAUGACUUUGGAAAUGGAAUCAAGCAACGAUCCUGAGAAUCAGAUGAUGAUCGAAGGAAAUAUCGCUCAGAAUAUGAAGAUUGAUCCGGAGCGAGCUCGGUUUCCAUGUUGCAUUGUGUGGACACCUCUUCCUGUUAUUUCCUGGCUCGUUCCUUUCAUUGGUCACAUCGGCAUUGGCAGAGAGGAUGGAGUAAUCUUAGACUUCGCAGGCCCCAAUUUUGUGUGUGUCGACAACUUCACAUUUGGCGCAGUCGCUCGGUAUCUUCAAAUCAGCAGCGACAAGUGUUGUUGCAUUGUCACUCGCAGAAGUGAAGAAGAUGAAUUCAGAGAUGGAGAAAUUUCAACAUGGGAUGAUGCAUUGCGGAGGAGCACUCAAGAGUUCCAGCACCGAUCCUACAAUCUCUUGACUUGCAAUUGUCAUUCCUUUGUGGCUAAUAAUCUGAACAGACUUGGGUUUCGCACAGGUGGAUGGAAUGUGGUGAACCUUGCUGCUCUGAUCUUCCUCAAGGGUCGGUGGGUCAGUAAAGGAGCUGUAAUCAGGACGUUGUUACCAUUUGUUGUGGUAUUCAGCAUUGGACUCGCACUGGGCGGUACUACUUUCCUUACCUUCUUGGCAUUCUUCAAUGUCUUCCUGGUUGGUUGGUUCAUUCUUGGUACUUAUGUCUUCAAAAACUUGGUUCAGUUGUAAUGUUUCAACAUCUUUUACAUUCUGGAUGCUUUCCUUCGUUGUAUUUGUACAAAUCCUUGUUAUUUU